AUGCAAAUCUUCGUCAAAAACCUAACUGGAAAGACCAUCACCCUAAAGGUGGAAAGUUCUGAUACCAUUGACAAUGUAAAAGCCAAGAUCCAAGACAAAGAAGGAAUUCCACCAGACCAAAAAAGACUGAUCUUUGUUGGAAAGCAACUCGAAGAUGGUCGAACCCUUGCUGAUUAUAACAUACAGAAGGAGUCUACCCUCCACUUGGUUCUCCGUCUCCGUGGAGGCAUGCAAAUCUUUGUCAAAACUCUUACUGGGAAAACCAUUACCCUUGAGGUUGAGAACUCUAACACGAUUGACAAUGUCAAGGCCAAGAUCCAAGAUAAGGAGGGAAUUUCCCUGGACCAACAAAGAUUGAUUUUUGCUGGCAAACAGCUUGAAGAUGGCAGAACCCUUGCAGAUUACAACAUUCAGAAGGAGACCACCCUUCAUUUGGUGCUAAGGCUAUGCGGAGGCAUGCAAAUUUUUGUGAAGACCCUUACUGGGAAAACUAUAACACUUGAGGUGGAAAGUUCUGACACUAUUGACACCGUCAAGGCAAAAAUCUACGAUAAAGAGGGCAUUCCUCCGGACCAGCAGAGAUUGAUUUUUGCUGGCAAACAGCUAGAAGAUGGCAGAACACUUGCGGAUUACAAUAUCCAGAAGGAAAGCACCCUUCACUUAGUGCUAAGGCUCCGUGGAGGAAUGCAAAUUUUUGUGAAGACCCUUACCGGGAAGACUAUAACACUCGAGGUGGAAAGACAAAAAGGGCAUUCCCCUGAUCAGCAGAGGCUUAUUUUCACUGGGAAGCAGCUUGAGGAUAGCCGUACCCUUGCUGAAUACAACAUUCAGAAAGAGUCAACUCUUCAUUUGGUGUUGAGGCUGCGUGGUGAUAUGCAGAUCUUUGUUAAAACUCUUACAGGGAAGACAAUCAUGCUUGAGCUUGAGAGCUCAGACAAGAUCGACAAUGUGAAGGCUAAGAUCCAGGAUAAGGAGGGGAUCCCACCAGACCAGCAGAGGCUGAUCUUUGCUGGCAAGCAAUUCGAGGAUGGAAGGACCUUGGCUGAUUACAGCAUCCAGAGAGAAUCCACUCUUCACUUGGUCUUGAGGCUUCGUGGUGGUAUGCAGAUUUUUGUGAAGACCCUCACUGAGAAGACGAUCACACUCGAGGUUGAGAGCUCUGACACAACUGAUAAUGUGAAGGCUAAGAUCCAGAACAAAGAGGGCAUUCCUCCAGACCAGCAAAGGCUAAUCUUUGCUGGUAAGCAGCUAGAAGAUGGACGUACGUUGGCUGAUUACAACAUUCAGAAGGAAUCUACCCUUCAUUGGUGUUGA